GAGAGAUAGAGAGCGGCAAAGAGUCUGAGGGGAGAGCUACUGAGGACUAAAAGACUAUCAGAGAGACAGAGAGAGAGAGAGAGGGAGAGAGAGAGAGAGAGAGAGAGAGAGAGGCAUCGAGAACAAGGGAGGAGAGAAGCAUGCGGACCAAAGAGGAGGAUAAGAAAAGAACUAACCCGCAACGUCCAGAGAAUCCAUCCAGCUCAUCACUUUGCCGGUUAGAAACUGAGAGAAGCUGUGAAAGUAAUGUCCAAUCAGAAGUAGCCAAAGUAGUGAGGAGGUCAUUAAUGGGAGGACAUUGAGAGUGUAAAGCUUUAUUGGAUAUUGAAUUCCUGUCUUCAACUUCCGUGUACAAACUCUUCCACUCCGCCUCACAAACAGACAAAUUCACUGGGUAUACAAAAGCUGGAACUAUUCCCACUUCCUACUGGAUAUAAUUCUGCUGACGUUGGCUGAUGUCAUCGCUUGCCUUCAUCCCGUUCAGCUCCUCGGGGGGCUGAGCCAACCUGCAAAGGAGUAUGGGCAGAAGGGUGGCUGACCCAACCAAUCCGGUGCCUGCGCUGGGGGUUCCCCUGGCAGGAGGGCGAUGGGGCCCUCUGUGCAGCGUCGGGGUGCAGACUUCUCCAGGGCUGCGGACUCUCCCCUCCAUCAAACGGCACAGCAGCCAGCCAACCAACACACAUCGUCCACUUGCCAUGGCCACAGACAAAGCAACCUCAGCAGAGACAGCUGGAGUUAUCAGAAGUGACAGCAACAGUCUGCCAGUGUCCAAGGAGACAUCUCAGAACGAGAUCAACAGCCUGACACAGGACGACAUGGGCUCUCAGGGGUCGGGCAGUGGAGUUUACUGCCAGAUUAAAACACUAAGGACAAACCCUAAAGACACAAGAGCUAAAAGGACAGCUCGGUAUACAAACGGCAGCGUGGUAGCCUCCGAUGUAGUGGGAGGGGUUUGCACUGAGGCCGCAGAAGGCAAAGAGCCGGCCCACGAGAGGAGGAGGGUGCAGUCUCUACGCAUGGAGGGCCACCGCUCCGUUCUAAAGACAGGGAGCGUUAGUACGACUGUGCACGCCACCCCGCCACGGCCUUGUCGAGUCAUGGCGACUUCCCCGCCUCGUCUCUGUGCGACUUGUGGGAGGAGACGGUCACAGAUUACGCCGUGCACAGGCGCAUGUCGAAGGAAGGCUGUCAAUCAAAUAACAGCGAGCCAGACUUUACCUAAUCCGCCACGGAAAGCUUCCGCUGCUCCCAGCCAGUCGAAGAAGGAGUGUGCCCUGGACUCUGUGUCUUACACAGCAAACACAUCAGUAAAGACUACACAAAUACCACAGCUGUCACACACGAUACCAAAAACACACAGCUCACAUUCCAACCACACAUCACAAGCUCAGACGAAAACGAAAGAUUCAAAACUGCAGUCAAGGCCACACUCAGCGGACUUCACUAUAUACAAAGACUCGGCCACACAAACAGCAGACACACAUAUGCACAACAGCACAGACAGGACCACAGCUACCACGCAUAAGCAGCAAGCACACACACCGUCUGCAGAGGCGACAGAGCCACAUUCGACUGACAAACACAAGCAUGACUUGGCUAAAAUCAAGCACGCCGAUGAACACAAACACACAUCAGUCCGUGUCAAUUCUAAACCUUCAGUUUCUUCCCUCCACAGCGACUCAAAAUCCACCAACACGCCACCCCUGCCACCGAAAAACUCCCCUAAACUCACUCCUUCCGAACCGGCCACAGACCUAGCGCAAACCAAAAACAGCAAGGACACCACAGAUAUUCCCAACAAAGCAUCGUCGCAGCGGAUUAAACUCAAGGACUACGCAAAACAGAAGAGCAAAUCAUUCGAUGACCACACUCUGCCUUGUAAGACUCAUAUGAAAGCACAGUGUAACGGGGCUCCAGGGGGAUUGUUGGGCGGACCUGUGGGGAACGCACCCCGCGGGCUCGAGAGGCAGCUGCAGAGCGUGGAGGAGAACCUGGUGUCCAAUCAGGAGAAGAUCAAGGUGCUUCUGAACGUCAUUCAAGACCUGGAGAAGAGCAAGGCCCUCAGCGAAGGUCGCAGCUCAUACAGAACUGGUCAGGACAUUAACAACUGCCCCACCUGCCAAAAGACAGCCUGCAUCAUCUACAGUGUGGAGCAUGAUUUCCGACAGCAGGAGGGACGCUUGCAGGGGAUAAUGGAGGCGCUGGAGGGCGAGUAUGAUGUGCCUGCAGCCGCUUUGACCAAGCCCACGCUAGCCCCUUCAUCUUCCAACCGCCCCAGCACCAAGGCCCGUGUGAAGAAACUUCGCAAGAAGUGUUUCUGGUGGCUGUAAGCCUUGUGCAACACUAUAUCAAGCUCUCUGGGCAUAACAAAUUAGGAUGAUGACUAUGUUUCAGGAGAUCCCAGGCCCCGAAGUUUUGGAAUAAAGCAUCUCUCUCAUGGUCGGUCCUGUGGGUGUGUUUAAGUCUCAUUAAAAUCACUGGGAGCAUUUUCCAAGCUGCUUUCCUGUAAAUGGCACUUUUUCCACAAAAAUCCAUCCUCAGCUCUUAAAAUAUACACCAGGGGACCAGGUAGAGAAAGAGGAAAUGCACUAAAGAAGAAAAGGAGGACCAAACAAGCUGCUGAACUUUCUUCUCAUGUCAAUCUAAGAUGGAAAUCCAAAUCACCGUGACCUCCCCUCUGUGAAAACCAGACUUCAGUAGCUAAUUUGUGAUGAACUUUUGAUUCAUUGAGGAUACUGGCUUCCCAUAAUGCUUCGGCACCAUGGAAAUAAGGCAGUGAUGCUUUGGAUGACAGACAGGCAGACUGUUUGUCACUUGGCUGAGUGGCUGUCUAGACAGAUGGACAGACAUAUGAAUGGAUUUAUGCUAAGAUGGAUUCACGCCUACAGCCUGGGAAUGAAUCCUUACAACGAAAUUUGGCUAAAUUACAGCAAUAAGCAGAGGAAUCGGAACGAUUCCAGAAAAAAUCCAAGGAUUUUGACAGCUAAUCUAAAUUCUGUGUCUUUGGAGGGGCUUGACAGCCAAAAUUUGAAUGUAGCAACAACUGAAGUGGAUACAAGUGGAAAACAAGCCGAUGAGCUCUCCGGAAACAAAGACACAGCUCACUGGGUGGAGUUCAGGGUUUUGGAGAGCACAGAGGAGAUUGUAUUAAGAAUACAUUCAGAGACAAUGUGAUAGGCAGCUGAUCACAGACUGACAGGCCGUGUCAGAUAAUUAAAAAUUCUGUCAACAGUGACUGACAGAGUGAUUGAUUCUCUUCUUUAUUACCAUCCAAAAUGGAAGUGUUUUGAUGUAAGCUCAGUCUUGUUUCAAGGACUUUUACACAUAUUCACACACACA